AUGUUUGUGGAACUUUUCUUUCCUUUUCUUUCUUUGGAUUUGAUCUUAUUCUUUCUUUGGCGCAAAGGGUUGGUGGUGGGAUGGCUGGGAAUGGGUAUGGUCAUGUGGCCGGUUGGGUCACAUGGGUUUGAAUCUGUUGCUGCUUUUUUGGUUUCAUUUCAAGUUUUCUCCUUUGGUUCUCUGAUUGUUGAUAUAUAUUUGCCAUUUUCACAUAUCGUCAAGACUUGGAAAGAAACAAUGAAUGAAAGAAAAAAAAUUAUCAAGAUAAUACUUUUCUAUGUUUUGGUUGUAGGGAGAGAGGAGUGA